AUGUCUAAUUUACUUUUCAAGAUAGGAAAACGGCAAGCCCUUGGAUUAGGUAAGGAGCUGCGGAGGUUCGUCGGUCCAUUCGUCUCAGAGAGCUAUAAUCGUAUGGAGGCAAAGUACUUUUCCAGCUCGGCAAAUCGUUGUCAAAUGACACUUCAGGUGGUUCUUGCUGGCUUGUAUAGACCUGUUGGUUGGGCUGAUUGGGAUCCAUCAAGGAAUCUCGUGUGGAGCCCUGUUCCCUACACCAUCGAUGACCCAAUGCUGCGAAUGUAUGCCGUGAAUGAAUGCAAAAACAGCGACAAAGGUAAAUAA